AUGGCGAUGAUACUGAUAGUUUACUCUCUGAUCAUCCUCGCCCUUCUACGAACACAUAACGCUGGCCACCUCUCCCUACCCAUCCCCCCUGUCCUGACAAUCCUAACCAUCCUCCUACCCUUCCUCUCCCUCUUCACGACGCUCUUCAUCCCCCACCUUUUCUUCCACCCGCGUUCCCCCUAUAGCCGCAACCGCAACUGCAAACACACCACCAGCACCACCCCCUCCCCAACAAUCCUCCCUCUCUCCAUCCAACCCCUGCUCCCUUCCAUCCUCCACAUCGUCCAACUAAUCCUCACCACACUCCUGGCAACCUCAUUCGCCUGCCCCUUACUCUCCCGAUCUACCACUUCCUGCCUGCUUCACAACAAAUGGCUCGCCCUCUAUUCGUCCCACAACGCCGACGCCGUCCGCUGCAUCCAGGACGCCCUCGCCUGCUGCGGCUUCCGCACCCCGCGUGACAUGGCCUGGCCCUUCCCGCGGGGGUCCUACCCGGCCCCGGGGGCGUGCGAGGCCCAGUUCGGGCGGCACACACCUUGCCUGCCGGAGUGGGACGGGACGCUGAGACGGGUGGCUGGCGGGGAGCUCGGGGUUGUGCUUGCUGUUGGGGUGCUGCAGGUGCUGGUUGUCUUUCUGGUGGGGAGAUAUAGACAUGGUACUAGUACUACUACUAGUAGUAGUACUGUCGAUGGGGAUUGGGGAUGGGUGAGAAGGUUGUUCGGGGGGAGUGGCCUUUUGCCCGGUUAUGAGCCAAGCGGCGGGGAGGGGAGUCGACGACCUAUGUUGGCUGCUCCGGGAGAGGAUGUGGAGACGGAGAGGGUGGAUGAGGAGGAGGGGGAAGGGAAGGUGCGGGAUGGAGAGGAAAGGGAGGAUGGGAGCGAGGAGCAGAGAGGGACGGGUGGAUAUGGCGGGGUUGCGGGAGCUGGGCCGAUGGUCGAGCCGGCGCAUCAUGAUCCCUGGGCUGGUGUGCAACGGGGGUAGG